AUGGGUUCGAAGUCACCAAGUAUUGCUUCACUUCUGUUACCACUGCUUCUUAUAAUAUUCACUCUUUCCUCUGAAUUUGGAGUCGUUGAAUCUACCGGCCGCAAACUGAGCUAUUACGUACCACCUUCGCGCAUCGUGUUCACACCAGGCUCACCUUCAUGUGGAUCUUCUCCAGCAAGCUCAGUGUUUUCUUCGAAGUAUUGGACAAGACCAUGCAGACGUGCUCGUCCUCCAGGAACUAAUAUCCCUCGUCCUUAA